AUGUCAAGCAACGAGCCAUUUCCUUUCUUGGCAAUUAGCAUUGGCUGGCUGGCUGCUCAUAACUGCUGCUGGGCGUCAAGCAAUGAUUACUUUACAACCGAAUGUUCAGGUGUUUGGAGCAAAGGCAGCAUUCCAGGUGGCCAGGAUGCCUUCAUUAAAGUGGACUUUGCUGAUAGCUCUCAAGGCAAAACGGCACUUUUGGUCUACGAGUGGCAGGAUUUUGACCUUGUUGGUCGAACCUUGGGCAAUGAUACAGUUGGAGGAAGGAAAAAGGUGGUGUGUGAUGAAGAAGCGAUUACACAACGACUUUGCAAUGCAUCUUCCUAUGGCGAGUUUCUAGUGUCUUCGGGGGACAGCCAUAGCUCUAUUUUCACAACGGCGAUUCACCUCAACAAGUCCGAGGAAUCUGCUUUAUACAAGGUUGACAACACUGGCUAUUACUGCGUAUCCAUCCUUCCCGCCAAUCGAGAUAACGAAUCUAUCAGCACAUUUGACGCGACGAUCGAAUGGAGGAAUCCUUAUGGCAAUUUACCUGCAGGCGAUUAUCCGAAAUUACUGUUUUAUGGCAUCUUUUCCUUGAUUUAUCUUGCUGUCGGUCUAUUUUGGGGUAUUCAAUCUUUCCGUUAUUGGAGUGAUAUUCUUCCUGUGCAGCAUUUUCUCUCUGGAACCAUCUUUUUCCUUAUCGUCGAAAUGGCUAUCAACUGGGGAUUCUGGGAAGCUUACAAUCAAACGGGUAGCCCAUCAUAUGGUCUAUUGGCAUUGGUGGCAUUGACAAGUGCAGGAAGAAACAGCAUGUCAUUCUUUAUGCUUUUGGUGGUGUGUAUGGGCUAUAGCGUCGUCAAACCAAGCUUGGGUGCAACAAUGAAAAAGUGUGUGGUAUUGGCGUGUACGCAUUUCUUCUUUGGUGUCGUUUAUUCUUUGGGUGUCAUGUUGUUGGAUCCUGAAACGGCUGGUUUCCUUGUUCUCUUGGUCAUCUUUCCCUUGGCUAUUACCAUGUCAGCAUUCUAUGUGUGGAUUUUCAGUUCAUUGGGUGCGACGAUUAAUACCCUGGAAAUUCGUAAACAGCACGUCAAGGCAUUGAUGUAUACCCGCCUCUAUCGAUUGCUGAUCUUUUCGGUCCUUAUGGUGGUGCUCAUCUUUGUCAUCAACAUGUUUGCAUUCAGCGGCAGUAGUGAAGUGGAUUGGGAUGCGAAUAGCUGGCAGUGGCGAUGGAUCAUGCUGGAUGGUUCGCUCAAUUUGCUUUAUUUCGUUGUAUUCUUUGUGAUCAUCAUCUUGUGGCGUCCUACCAGCAAUAACCAGCGAUACGGUUUACAACAAAUCAGUCAGGAUGAGGAUGAAGCAAUGGAUUUGGAAGAUCAGCUACGUCGUGCUGGUGGAUCUCGAGGAUUGAACGAUGAUGAGGCAGCUAUCUUUGAAGUUGGUGAUGAUGAUCUUAGUGAUGAUGGUCAUGACAAGGUCAAAUUGGUAUCGGUGCCAGCACGUCAAAGCACAGAGACCCGAUCCUCUCCCCCCUCUUAUGCGGCUGCAACAUCUUCGUCAACCCCACAACAUCAAGCACCAUCCACACCCAAUCAUCGAGGUGAAUCAGAAGGCAAUGCAUUGUUACAAGAAGAGGAUGAUGACGAGCCUGAUGACGAUGAACGUGCCCAUUUGACAAAGAAUGCCCGUAAAUAA